CCUGCCUGGGAUCACAUUAGUGCAGCAGUCUGCAAAGAAAAGUGGCCAGAACCCGGAGCGCACCGGGCCACUGGAGCGGCGCGGGACCGACACCGAACGAACCUCAGGGACUGUAUGUCCCCCAGUCCCCUCCCAACACCCCCCCAGAACAAAAAUAAUAACAAAGUCAGCGAACAGCUGAGCGGGCAGAGCUCGGAUUUAAAAGCAGGAACGGGAUCGCUGCGCCCUUUGGACACACUGGAUGUUGCGCACGGUGGAUCUAUGAAGACGCGGAGCGGGUUUCCACGCUCAGCACCAGACGGAGGCAAGAAGGAGUGAUUCACCCCCCACCCUCUCUGACACACACACUGCCUGCAGCCCCCAUGCCGGGCAUCAGCUCCGCCGCGCCUCGCUAUGACAACUGGGACAUGGACCACCUGGACCACUACCAGCCCUAUUUCUACGACGACCACGACCCGGACGAGGACUUCUUCAAGUCCACCGCGCCCAGCGAGGACAUUUGGAAGAAGUUCGAGCUGGUGCCCACCCCGCCCAUGUCCCCCAUCCGGACGGUGGAUGGGCCGGCCAAGCUCGGGCUCCUGUGCCCGUCGCUCGGGGACAAGCUGGAGUGGGUGUCCCAGUUCCUGGGACAGGAGGACGAACAGCAGCAGCAUCAGGAUGUCCCCUGCAAGCUGGCGCCAGGCGGGGACUCCUUCGGCAACCUGAGCUCCAUCAUAAUCCAGGACUGCAUGUGGAGCUGCGUGUCGGCCGGACAGCAGCUGGAGCGAGUCGUAGGGGAGCGCUGCGCCCCCUGUCCCGGCUCGGGGCCGGCUGCUAAAGGCGGAUCCCCUGGAAGGACACAGGGUGCCCUCUCGGACGCCGGGGGCUUGGCUGCGGACUGCGUGGACCCGGCUGCCGUGCUCACCUUCCCGUUACCCAGUGGAUGCAAGAAGCAGGUGUCGUCAGGCUCCGAGUCUCCCACAGAUUCUUCAGAUGAUGAAGACGACGACGAAGAGGAGAUCGACGUGGUGACCGUUGAGCACAAGCAGCAGCAGCGUAAGCCUCGCCGACUGGUCGCCACCCGCAAACCCGUGACCAUAACGGUUCGGGCGGACCCCCACGACCCCGGCACCAAGCGGUUCCACAUCUCCAUCCACCAGCAGCAGCACAACUACGCCGCCCCCUCCCCGGACGUUCUGCCCGUGGCGUCGGAGCCGCCCCGGAAAAAGCUGCGACAGGAGGCCUCGGCUCCGGCGGCGCAGCCUCUCCACAACGCUCACCACCAGCCACGGCCUGGCCACGCCCCCCUGAACUCGGACAGCCGCAGGCCGCACGUCACGGCGGCCGGAGUCAGGCCGGAGUCCCCCGACCUCUGCGCCUCCUCGCCCACCUCCUCUUCGUCCCCAUCCUCCUCGCCCUCCUCCUCUUACCUGCCUCAGUGCUCGCCCUCGAAGCCCCCCACGCACCUGUCGAGCCCCCAGUCCUCGGACUGCGAGGACACGGACAAGCGGCGGGCGCACAACUUCCUGGAGCGCAAGCGUCGCAACGACCUGCGCUCGCGCUUCCUGUCGCUGCGGGACGAGAUCCCGGGCUUGGCGGACUGCCCCAAGACGCCCAAGGUGGCCAUCCUGACGCGGGCCACGGAGUACCUGCAGCAGCUGCACGCCGCCGACAGGCAGAAGGCUCAGGAGAGGAAGCAGCUGAGAGCCCGGCAGCUGCAGCUGCUGCAGCGGCUGGCGCAGCUCAAACGCUCCUGAGCGGGACCGGAUCAGCUGCCGCCUCACAGACAUUUGGCGCUGAAUGGUUCCUGCUGGAUCGUCGCUGCGUCGCUUCAGUUUAUUUUUUCUUUUUAAUUUGUGAUUUGCACAUUUGGCUUCUGACUGACGAGCUGUCUUAUCAGGAAGCUGGGGACUGAUGGAAAUGUGGAUGUUCUUGGUUUUUCAAAGUCUCGUCAAACUGUUACUCUUUUUUUUAAACAGAAAGCUCUGCUGAGAACGUCUAUUUAAAAGAACUGCUAGAACGUUGCUGUUAACUGCUGCAUUGGUUAAACUUAUUUAGUUGUGCUUACACAGCUGCAGUGUUUCUCUACAAAUCCAAUCUAUAGCCCCUCUUUAAGAUUUUUUUUUUGCCCACAGCUACUAAAUUUCAGUUUAGUAAUAACACUGUUUAUUUCUCUUCUUUCCUAACCUCUUUCCUGUUUAUCCUCAUCUUCCCUCCAUUUUCUCAUCAGAGAGGAUAUCAAUAAGCAAGUCUGGAAACGUUUUUGCUUCCAUAAUGGCAUCUUCCAACUCUCAGGAAUGGAAGAUGUUUUGGAGAAUCGUUUGGCUUUAUCAAUCAGUUUUCCUGCAAAUUAUCUGUUAAGAACACUAAAAGAUUCACCAAGAAUUAUUAAUGUGCCAUGAGGACCAGCAAAAAGGUGAAAGUCAUUUUGAAAACUGGCAUUUUAUUCCCCCCCCCCCCCCCACACACACACACACACACACGAGGCAAAACAAACAAGCUGUUAAUUUCAUCUGGUUUUGUUUUUAUUUGAUGGAACGCCUUUAGAAGCCUUUCAGUGGCUGUUUCUGUAGAGAUCAACCAAAACCUGAACUCAGUUAUGCUCAUCCUUGUUUUUUAAUUUUGAUUUAUAAGUAUGUAUGUGUAUGUUUGUACAGUAUAUAUAUUGGGGGGCGUGUCCUAUGCUGGGGGCGGGGCAUAGCUUGCUGGCUUUUCAAUGAUGAUUCAAAGCUUCUAUUUUGUUAAUAAAAUUAUAAGAAAAAAAGUUAAAAUAUAAAAAACACUCAUCGCUCAAACCACUUUGUCACUAUUAUUAUUCAGUUGCAAACUUAUUGAUUUUUGUCUUGAUUGUUGCUUAUUUUGUACAAGUCGGUCGGGACUAAAGUUUUAUACUAUAUUUUCCUAAAAAAUUUGUGUUUCAGUGUGAGCUAAUGACUGUUUUGUAAUUGUAGCAGUUUUUUUUGUUAAAACAAAUCCCAUUUUUCUCUCUCACUCUCUUUGCACCUGAACACAUCUGUCUUUAUUGUAAUAACAGUCAUAACGCUCAUGUUGUGUGUGUGUGUGUGUGUGUGUGUGUGUGUGUGUGUGUGUGUCUGAGAGGGAAUGAGGAUACGCCGCCUAUUCUUCUGUCUGCGUCUUUAGUGGCCUGUCGAAGCUUUUGCCCCCCCACAGGCAGGUGCUCCACCCCUACCAUUUCUCCUAAAAGCCAUGCAUUAAGAAUGUAGCCUUGGAUCUGGAUGUCGUACUGUAAAAUGAUUGGUAGCGUGCCCUGCUUUCACCACGACUCAGGUAAAGUCUGUAGAGAUGGGGUCAGAUUGUUCUGGGGGGGGAGGGGGUCCCUGGUUCUGAUGCUGUGACAGAACCAUUAAAACCAUUUGCUAUUAUUCUUGAUGGUUUUCCUUUCUUAAUAGAUUCAGCACAAACCAGCAGUAAGCCACACUGAACUUUCCUUUUAUUUAAAUUCUUUUUUAAAAAAUAUUUAUUACUGGUCUACUGUGACACAGUCAUGGCAGCAGUGGACUUUGCUUACUUACUUCGGGAGUUCGGCUUCGGUGAUUUUGGAGCCUCGUCUCAGCACUUUUUUUGUCUCUGUACCUCAUGAGCCUUUAUGUAUAAAGAAGUCUAAAUAAAAUAAAUUCAAUGGUUUGCCAUUUUGA